AUGUCGCCUUACGACCCCACCCACCCCUCACUCCAAUUCUACGGUCAAGGUCAACCAGCUUCAACCUCCGCCUCUGUGGGGGGUCCUUCGUCCGCCUACCCCGGGUCGGGAGGAUACGGCGGUGGCUCGAUGGGAUCUAUGGGGGGCGCGGCUUGGGCAGGAGGAGAGGGGGGGAGGUGGUGGCAUGCCUUUGGGACGGGAGGGUUGGAGGGUGAACCGAGUUUGAUGGAAGAAAUCGGCAUCAACCCAUCCCACAUCCUCGCCAAAUCCCUAACGGUCCUCAACCCGCUACGUCGCCCGGCCCCGGAUAUCAUGGACGAUGCGGACCUGGCAGGGCCGUUCGUGUUUUGUUUCGGGUUCGCUUUGGUUUUGUUGUUGUCCGGCAAACCCCAAUUCUCAUACAUCUACGGCGUAGCCCUCCUAGGCACGACGGCCAUCUACCUCCUCCUGAACCUGAUGAGCGACCGCGGGAUCGACGCUUAUCGGACGGCGAGCGUGUUGGGGUAUUGCUUGUUACCGAUGGUAGGGUUGGGUGGGGUUGGGAUGGGCGUGGGGAUCGACCACCCACUAGGCUACCUCCUCUCCUCCCUAUCCAUCAUCUGGUGCACCUACUCGGCCUCGGGGAUAUUCACCACGAUCCUCCGGAUGGAGCAUCAACGCUUCUUGGUCGCUUACCCUGUGGGGCUGCUUUAUGGGGUGUUUGCGCUUUUGAGCGUGUUUGGGGUGAAGUGAAGAAGUAGAAGUAGAAGUGAGGAAGAAGUGAGGGAGUGAGGGAGUGAGGGAGUGAGGGAG